AGGAUAUCUUUACAGACAAAACAAUGCCGCUCUUGACGAAACGCCGACUCAUGAAAUUCAUCAAAGCUUGCGCUACAGAAGACCUGGAAGACUUGGAGAUGGUGGAUGAGCCUGUUGAGCAGGCGCUCUUGCGAAAUUGGCGACUCUCUGAACCAUACGUGCACGCUUUCGCAUAUACACUAGGCCGUUCUAGCGGCCACCCAACACCCAUUCAGGAGUGUAUGCGGCAAAUCAAGCAGCAUGUCACAAGUCUUGGAAGGCUAGGUGGAACAUUUCCAGCAGUUCUCGCGAUGUUUGGGACGGGUAGUGAGUUGUGUCAGGCGUUUUGUCGUAAAGCGGCCGUCAAGGGUGCGACGUAUCGUUUAUCAACGGCUUGUCGCCAGGAAGGUGGAAGAUUGUUGUUAUCCGAGGAAGAUGUCGAAAUCCGCGCAAAGUAUCUCGUUCGUGCUGCUGGAUUCUCAAACCGGGUGACGAGGAUGCGACGUGCAAUUGUCCUCUGUGGAGAUGCAGAAACUUGGUUGAAAGCGCAUUGUCAGGCUGGCGAAGGGAUGGUGAUGGCGUUUCCACCAGAAGCCUUGGGGGAAGAAGCUACUUGGGCAGUUCAUGCACAACUCCAAGGAGCAAGCGCUGGUGUUUGUCCAAAAGGGCAAGUUGUUUUGCUUCUCGAGGUGGAGGUGGAAGAUACAGCUGGCAUGGAUGAGGCAGAGAGACUUUUGGAGCACGCACAGCAGCUCAUGUUGAACUUGACACAACCUGCGAUGCAAGUGGCUACAGGCGUCCAAUACUGUGUCUUGCAGGAAGCGGCAUCAAUGGCCUCUGCAGCACAAGAUUCUCUACAAACGAUACAAACUCAGGUGACUGGCACGUACGAUGAUAUUGUCGAGGAGGCACGACGUGUGCAUGCCCUCAUCACUGGUACAACAGAGACAUUCAUGGUCCCAUCACCACAAGAUGAACAAGACGAAUGAUCGUCUAUGUAAAGAAUAUAAGCUUUAUGGUUUUGCGUAAAGUCAAGUCGGACAUAGUCCUACGACAAGGACGCCUUGGAAUAUAAAGCUCCACAAUAAAGAACGAAAUCUUCAUGGUCAUUCACACACCCGUCAUCGCAAACGCUUCAUAGGAGUUGUAACACGUACAAAGUCAAGAAAGACUUUGUGGCGGACAAUGACAAGAUUGCCAUCAUCUAGUUCUGCGCGGGAAGAUGAACGCACCCAAGCGCAAGACUCGACCACAAACGUGGGAAUCCAUUGCUCGAAUGCCGAGUGUACUG